GUGGCCGCUGAAGUCUCUCGAGCCAUGGUUUCCGUCCUCGACUCAGAGGCUCAUUUUGAGCGUAAAGCCAAAGAAGCUGGAAUCACGGUAAGCGAUCCAGAUGCGGCUUCCAACCAGAUUGUCUACUUGGCGCCCGAGAAGUGUGUGUCAAGGCUGUAUGAGGUGGCGCAGUCCAAGCCCAUCACAAAGCAAGUAGACAUUGAAGCAAGCAAGCUUGUCAUAAAGGAGGCCGCUGAUCCAGUCGAGGCUCCCACCAAUGGUGCUAUGGCCCUGUUUGAUGCGCUAAGGAGGAGGGGGCUCGCACUCUGCUUCGCCAACCUCAUUCACUGGCCUAAUUACGAGCGGUAUCUCAAUACCCUCUUUAACCACCUGCACCGCGAAGCAAAACCUGGAUAUUUAAGGUGCGCAAUUCGCCAACUAGUCGAAGCCGAUAGGCUUUGUUGGUCGCGUCUCAUAGAACAAAAUGUGAAACCUCGGCCCAACCCUGGAGAUCCUCUGCCUUUAGACUCCAAGCUACAGGCAACUUUGGAAAGCUAUGAUGUGAGCUUCGAGUUGAUGCCUCUGCCUCAACAGCCGCCAAAGCGCAAAGAAUCCUGGCCAGAUCGUGCCCCGAAGGUGCCCAAGGGCGGUGCCAAAGGCAAGGGUCAAAACAAGGGAAAGGGCGCGGGCAAGCCGGCAGCCCGCAGCAUGAUCAAGAUCCCGUGGGGCAUACGCAGCAAAGGUGGAACGGCCGAGACGCCACAUGGCUCCCGCAUCUGUUUUGACUACUCACUUGGAGAGUGCAAGUUGGGCGAUGCCUGCGCAAAAGGCAAGCAUGUGUGCGCCUAUCGCAAGGGCGGCAUUGUGGGUCUACGCUCUGCGUGCAAGCGACUCCCAGCAUGUACUGAGGUUUUGGCCAGGUACGUGCGUCAGGAACAGCCGGAUGCUGUUUUCUCAAGCAUUGCCAUACUUGACAAUGUCCCGUCAGGUUUUCACAAAGAUGUGGCGAACGCCCAUUGCGACAACUAUGUGUUUAAAAUGUCCGAAUUCUCAGAUGGCGGAGUUUGGUGUGAGGAUGCCCAGGGCACGGAUGUCAGGUCCGUCAAUGGUGCGCAAGUGCCCGGCCGGGUACUGCCUUUCUGCAAUUAUACACUUCGCUUGCCAGCGUACAAAGCCUUGCGUGCCACUGAGCCUUGGUCUGGCUCACGCAUUGUGCUAGUUUCAUAUUGCCUGCAAAACUUAAGUAGUUUGCCCCCUGCGCAAGCCAAUCAACUUGCCCAGCUAGGCUUUCAGCCUGAUCUUGCCACAGGUGACCUUCAUGCAUCCAUGCAGACACAUGCGCCCUGCCAGACCAUGUCUGAGGAGGAUGAGGCCCCUGUGUCCACCCCCAGCAAGCACAGCGAUAAACCACUUGUUCUGGAACUCUGUGCCGGAACAGCAGGCCUGUCUGCUGCCUUGAUAGAGGUCAACUUCGAUAUCGUUGCCUUCGAUCAUAAAGGAAUCCCUGGGGCCAAAGCAGCCAUCCAGAUCGCAGAUGAGCACGGUUUCGCCUUGGCCAAAAGGCCUCCUCCUUCACCCGCGUUGCGCAGGAUGCUUCGCUGCCCCUGUCUGCGGCGCAGCAAGCAGGGCAAGGGAGAUUGCUUCAGUUGA